CAGGGAUGGCGCUGGGGCAAUUAGGAAGCAUAACCCAGUCCUCCAGAGCGAGCCGGCCCGCAGCCUGCGGCAGCAGCCCUGCAGAGCGAGUGGGGGCGGUGAGGGCUGAUCGGCAAGAUGGUGAAAAGCCAUCUCUCCACCGAGGAGUGACAGGAGGGGUGUUGGCUGCGCGGAGGGGGACGACGGCAGGAAGGCUCUUAGGUCAUUUCUCAAUGCAGUGAGGUACCUCCAGCGAUUGCUGAGAGGACGAGUCAUCCUUUUGACACACGAGCCAAUCCCAGCACUGGGCUGCGUGGAAAGUCAUACGGACAGCGCUUCGUGAUGGAUUUCCUCUUGGCUUCUGCCCCGUGACUCCGCUUUCAAACCGGAGAUUCUCUGACCCAGCGACAAUGGCUUUCCAGAAGUUGAGGCUGACCUACUACGUGUGCCUGCUGUUGGUGGGAGUGCUGUGCUUGUAUUUCAGCAUGGCUCCUUUGAAAGAAGAGCCUUUCAUUUUCAAGAAAAAAUACGGGACGUUCCUUCAGCUCCCAGACAUCGAUUGCAGGCAAGAUCCUCCCUUCCUCGUCCUGCUGGUGACUUCAUCCCACAAGCAGGUGGCCGCUCGCAUGGCCAUCCGGAAGACGUGGGGGGGAGAGAGGACAGUGAGCGGGAGGCAGGUGAGGACAUUCUUCCUCCUGGGGACCACGGCCAACCAGGACGAGAUGAGCGCGGUGGCCCAGGAGAGCCAGCAGCACGGCGACAUCAUCCAGAAGAACUUCAGGGACGUCUACUUCAACCUGACCCUCAAGACCAUGAUGGGCAUGGAGUGGGUCCACUACUUCUGUCCUCAGGUGGCUUUCGUGAUGAAGACGGACUCGGACAUGUUUGUGAACGUCCACUACCUGACUGAGCUGCUCUUGAAGAAGAACAGGACCUCGAGGUUCUUCACGGGCUUCCUGAAGCUCAACGAGUACCCCAUCAGGAAGAAGUUCAAUAAGUGGUUUGUGAGUAAGUAUGAAUACCCCUGGGACAGGUACCCGCCCUUCUGCUCCGGCACCGGCUACGUCUUCUCCAGCGACGUGGCCAGCCAGGUGUACAACGUCUCCGAGAGCGUCCCUUUCAUUAAGCUCGAGGAUGUCUUUGUGGGGCUCUGCCUAGCGAAGCUGCACAUCCGGCCCGAGGAGCUCCACUCCCAGCAGACCUUCUUCCCCGGGGGGUUGCGCUUCUCCGUGUGCCGCUUUAGGAAGAUCGUGGCCUGCCAUUUCAUCACACCCAAGGAAAUGCUGAUCUACUGGCAGGUCCUGCAGACCUCCCAGGAAGACUGUCCCGAGGUCUGAGUGGCGCCCGGUGGCACGUGGGUCCGAGAUCUUGGAUGGCGUUGCUGAGGAUCCUCAGGGGUACAGAGGGAGUGAGAAGGACGCAGGGAGGAGGACACUGUCCUUCAGGGCUCCAGACCCAAACUAGAAUAGUGUGCGCUUAAACCAAGCUGCCCCAGGCGACACCCGCCCCACCUCUGGAGCACCUGGCCCCUCCCGCACUGGCCCAUUUCAGGCUCAGGUCCCUGGGGGGUGGUGGGCACUGUCCUUCCUAUUUCACAGAUAAGGAAACAGUAGCCACAGAGGUACAGCUGCUGUCCCAAGGUUUAUAGCCAGCAGAGGUUGACCAGGCGUGGAAGCUGAGCGGGAAUCAGGCUGGCAGCCCCCAGCGGGGACCCUCUGUCCCUCGGGAGAGGAUGGUGUUGUAAAGGCUGAGGAAGGCCUGGCAGCUGUACCCGGCACCCUUUCCAGAGAGCCUGCCCCUCCACUCCUGGCCUGAUGCUUUCCUUACGUCCCUGGGGAUGACAGAGCUGGGCCCUGAGUCCUCAUUAGUGACACCGCGGCACUCAGCCCUGGGCACAUCCCAGAGGGUAGGCAUGCCUGCGUGGCGGCAGCCCUCGCCCAGCUGCAGGUGGACACUGACUUGCCGACUUCAUCAGUUAGACUCAGAAGCCGAAUCCAGGGUUGCCCGUUGCGACUGGCCACACUGCUGAUGUCCCCAAGGUUGUGAUGCCUGUCCCCAGCCUUCAGGGACACCUGGUCUCUUUGCUGCAGGUCAGUGGGACGAGCCAUAGCCCUGGAGUACUUUAGGGCCCUGAGUUUGGACUGAAGGCCGCUGGGCACGCUGGAUUCCAGGAACUUGCUGGGCAUUUGGCUAGACCACAGCAAGCCGCCUUCAAGGACCCCGUAUUUACAAAACACUAAGGUGGACCCUGGUCCCAGGGAGUCUCCCUGUGUCUACGUCCCCCAACCUGACCCCAGGUCAUUGUCACUGAAUUUCCCACAUGGCCAAGGACCCACUGAGUCCUGUGGUUUGGAAUUUAACCUCUUUUCUCUCCCCCAGAGGAUUGUGUGAGCCCAUUUUGCAGAGCUGCGUGAACAGAGGGCACUUCUUUGCCAGGUCUGGGACCGUUUGGCCACUGCCAGUGACAUGCAGAGUGUCUUGCUCCUCAUUGAGGAACGUUGUGGUUUUUUUUUUAACUCUUUACUUUACCAGGCUUCAUGCGGCUGUGGAACUGGCCAGUGCCGGGCUGAGCUCCUACUGGCCCUCAGGAAAGGCAGUGUGCUGCCAAGGUCUGGUGCCCGUUCUGCACGGCAUUUCUCGUGUCUGGCUCGUGCUGUGGCCUCGUGGAAGUUCUCCUCGUCCUGGCUGCUCUGAACGUGCGGGCGUGUUCGGAAGCGCCUCCUCCUCAGUGGGAACAUGAGGGACUGCAAUGGCGUCGGGAGCCCAGGUUUUGCCAGAGCCUGGGCCCUCGGUUCCUGGGGACUGACUGCCUCUGAUUUGUCAGAUGAUGGUGCUUUGGAGUGAAGGACUGUCUGGCAGGAGGCCAGGGCCUGUGUCCAGUAUGUGUCUGUGGCCGCUGGUCUCGGUGGGUGGUCUGAGGUUGGCGUGGAUGGUCUGGCACCAGCCUGAGCCCUUGGCAGAGGGACAGGUGAGGACAGGUGUGGGCUCCUUCCACAGCCUCCGUGUGUUCUUCAAGGACCUUCUGCAACACCUUGACUCCCACUGUAUUUCUUUAUGGUUUUUUUCUGUAGGGGAAAGAAUUAUUCCAUGAUCUAGAACUUGCAGGGACCCUAGUGCUCACCCGGCCUUCCUCCUCACUUAUGUGGGAUGAGAGAAGCGCAGAGGGACCCAGAGGCUGCUCACGGCUCCCAAGCCGUGGAAUGCAGGCUCCUGCUGUUUGGGGCCCAGGACCUGAGAGGAGGACCCCGUGAGAGCGUGGAUGGGGGCAGAGAGUCUGUGCUUUCCCAGUGACACCCAAUGUUCGUUUCCCGAUGGGGCUGGAGAGGAGUGGGUUGGUCGCACAGUGGCUUCACUCACAGGCAUCAGAGAGGAGUGGUCUCGAGAGCAGACGCGGUGUGCCAGGGCGCUGUGUGCUCAUCUGAAUGCUCACGACCACUGCCCGGGCAGCUGAUGAGGAGGCCGAGGGAGAGGCCGAGCACCUAGCUUGAGGGAAGUAGCCAGAAAGUAUCAGAGACAGGCCAGGACCCCAAGCCCCGGGGGCCACUGUGUGAGUCACAGCACUGCCCUGGGCCUCCCAGGCUGUCAGCUGGCCCCUCCCACAGUCCUGGGGCUGGCUGGAGCUCACACAUUGACUGCUCCACCUGCACUCCUGGGGACCCUUCUCAGACUCCUCCGGCCACCACGUGUCACCCACCAGAUCCUGGAGAGCUGCAGGGCUCCAGCGGCCUCUGCUUUUGUACUCAAGUCCCAGCUCGUCUCACCUGGAGGCUGGGCCUCCUGCUCUGGACCUCACUGUCCUCCCCUCCAGCCACCUCCCAAUGUGGGAUCACCCCCUGGGCACACAGACCAGCUGCCCCUCCCCGUCUAACACCCCGUCUAAGCAGCAUGCCCCCCGCCCCCACCCCCAGUCGCAGGCUUUGCCGCUCCUCCAGGGUCCUCCUGAAAUCCCCCCGUCAGACCACGUCCCCCUCGCCCCAAGGCCUUGGCCUUGCUGGGGCAGGUCUCAGUCCUCCCCUGACAGGGCCCGGCAGGGAGCGGUCACUUCCUGGACAGUUCUAGGCACCAGCGUCCAGGAUGCCUCCUGGCCUUGGCUCCUGUCCUCGCCAGUUCCAUGUCUUCUGCCCGUUCUUCCUCUUGCCCUGGCGUCCGGGUUGCCGUCUGUGGGCUCAGCCCGGCUGCCCUGUCCUUGGGGAGACCAGUCCUCGUCCUGUGUUCUAAAUGUCCUUGCUGUGUUGGUGGCACCUCGCUUGUCCCCAGCGGGUCCCCUCUGGUCUUCCAUCUCUCAUGUCCCCUGUCUGUAUUCUGUUACAUGGUGAGCACAGCCACCCCAGCCCCUCCCCGCUGCCUUCCCUGUCUCAGUGAGUGGACUCUCCUCAGUGGUCACUCCAUCCUUCCUGUGGCUCCAGGCAACAGUCGUGCAGGUGUUGCUGGGCUGCGAGGCUGCUGGCUCUGCCCUCACCCCGUGUCCACCUGGUGCCCCUCACACUGCCACCCUUGCCCACCCGCCGCCUCUCACCUGCAGUUCUGCAGUGGCCUCCCGCCUGGACCCUCAGCCUCCCUCAAUGCAUCCCCUUAGUCUGUCCCCAAGAGCAUCCGGAGUGAGCCUCCAAAAAUGUAGAGCAGAGAAUCUGCUAUGACUUGACUGUGUCCCCAAGUUCUUGUGUUGGAAACUGAAUCCCCAAUGCAGUGUUAGGAGGCGGGGCCUAUCGGAGGCGGGGCCUAACCGAGGCGCUUAGGUGUGGAAAGCUCCGCCCUCAUGAGUGGAUUAGUGUGGUUAUUGCAGGACUAGGUUGUUAGGAAAAUGAGUUGGCCCCCCCUUUGCUUGCUGGCUCUCACCUCCUCUUGCCCUUCCACCUCCCACCAUGAGAUGAUGCAGCACAGAGGCCCUCUCCAGAUGCUGGACCAUGCUCAUGGACUUUGCAACUUCCAGAACUGUGAGCCAAACAUACUUCUUUUCUUAUUAAGUUAUCCACUUUCAGGUGUUGUGUGGUAGUAACACAAAAUGGAUGGAGUCACAGCAUCUCACUUCUUUGCUCAGAGACCCCAGUGGCUUUCCAUCUCCCAGUGAAAGCCACAUUCCUCAUACCAUCAUCUGCCUCUGUUGUUCCCUUACAUUCCCCCCUCACUCACUCUGGCUGUUUGCUGUUCCCUGAACAGCAGUACUGCUCCGGCCGCAGCGGUCUCUGUGCCCUUUCUUGAACAUCCACCUCGGGGUCUUUGUGGACUGUUCCCUCUGCCAGGAAAGCUCUUUCCUCAGUUAUUCUCAUGGCUCACUCCUGUCCCCUCAAGUCUUCGUCAGAUGCUACCUCCUCAACGAGGACUACCCCGACCUCCUUCUUUGCCCCACAUCCUCCGUGCCCUUGUCAAACGAGGCAGGACUAUUUAUGACAACGAGCUUCCGUUGUUUAUGGAUCACUCAGUUGACGUGAGUGUGAGCUUCGAGGUCUCUGCUUUCCCGCGGACACGCGCUGAGUUCUUGGCGGGUUCUAGCUCGGGGUAGAUGAUGACAAGUGUUUGUUGAGUGGAACCAAAUUGACCUUCAUGGGCGGUUUAGAGGGAAAAGGUGACUGGGGACUGGAAGAGUGAAGAGUCUCCGUGACACGAAGGCACUGGGUUCCAGCUGAGUCAGUGAGUGUGUCGUCAUCGUCCCCCGAACCAAAGACAGGACAUGCUCUACGGCAGUGCCCCCGACCUCUGUGAGGGGCAGCCUCACGUGGCAAGGCAGACAGGGCGCGGGGCCUGGGGGCCCGACUUCAGCCCCACGUGCCGCCAUCUUGCCUCAGCCACGCCUGCCUUCCUCUCCUUGAUGAUUUUAGCGAUCGGCCUCUUUGCCUCGGCCUGUGGACUCUUAAUUCCUGGGGAGAGUGACCCAGAACAACGGCCCUGGGCCCCCAGAUUCUCCAGCCUUCCUGUCCCGGGUGUGUGGCCCGGUCCCCAUCCCUGUGUCUGCAGAUGCCAUCACUGGAGUGAGCGAGGAAGCCCUCUCAAGGGCAGGUGGGGCUGCUGAGCUUGAGGAGCCGUGGAGAUCCGUCCCUGCCCCUAUUUUCUGCACGGAAAGCCUGGGUUUGGGGAGCUGGUGCCUCAAUUCUGUGCCCAGUGGCAGUGGAGGAGACUGGCCCUCCUGACCUUCAUCUCUGCACAGUGGACACCUCGCUGUACAGCUUAUGAGAAAAUUCACUCCUGCUCGUCUAAACACACUGCUGUAGCCACACACCCCGCUGGGUAAAGAGGAGCGAGAAUCCAAGAGCGCAGACACUCGCAGGUCCCCCCAGUCUUGCCCCCAGUUCAGACGUUAGCCUCAGGUCUCCUGGCUCCCGUAGGGAGGUGCCAGAGGCCCACCCCUACAGCCAGACUCACGGCCUCCCUCCCCCAGGCCCUGGCUUGUCCAGCUCUGGGUCUCAGGAAAGCUCCUCACCCUCCACCUGUCCACUCGCCUGGCCAUCCUUGCACCGUGCCGCCCCCACCUUGCCUCUGCCCACGUCUGAUGUUGCCAGUUCUUCAGGUCUGGCCUCUUGUUCGCCCUAGAACUUUGUCUAGGCCACCAUCUUGGUUCAGCUAAACUCAGGCCACCUCCUCCUGAUCCAUCUCACGGGCCCUCCUGCCUCCUUCCAUCUUCCACUUUACCUCCAGAGUGAUUGUGUGUGUGCAUGUGUGCACGUGUGUGCACGUGUGUGCGCGUGUGUGCGGGUGUGGUAAUGCCAGGCUCUGCCAUUGAGCUACAUCCCCAGCUCCAGAGCUAUUUUCAGGAACGGCAGGUCUAAUGACAAAGCCCAGAGACCUGGGGAAGCUGGGUGUCUUGGCCCAGAUGUCCCGAGGGCAGAGCGUCCUGGCCUGGAGUCAGUGAAUGUGAAGGCCACACACCUGCAGGCUGCAGGGAGUGACGUGUGGCAAGAGCAGUAGCUGUCACUGCCCAUUUGAUGAACUUCACGGUGACCUCUGUUUGCAGUUACCUUCGUCAGGCCACCUAUGAGCGGCCUCACAGGCGAGCCCCAGCUCCUGCUGGGUGUCCACCUCUGUCCCAGCUGUGCCAAAAGCCUGGCCCAGAGCUGAACUGAGCUUCUAAGCAAAAUCAUUUAAUUCUCAAAAGUUUUUGAUUCCUUUGAGUAUGAUCAUUUUUGUGCAAAAAAUAUGCACAUGCGCACUUUGGCUUUUAAAGUAAUGUAUUAAAAUUUUCCCCCCCCUCAAGUUUUAGACUUCAGCUAAGAAAAGGAAAAUAUGAAGGGACUCUGGGUUUAGCAAGGAUAAUGUGCAUUAAUAUACUUGUGUGCAUGGACCCAACCUCCGUCGGAGUGAGUGAAAUGGACCGUGGAAAGGACAGCUGUUGGGUAUUUAGACUUUAGUCUGAGGCUCCAGCGUGGUGCUGGGGGACCCUUCUUCCCCAGGACCGUGUUGUCUGCAGCACAGUCUGCAAGUUCUGGGUCUGCAUUUCAGCUCUCUCACCUACUUGCCUUGGUUUUCUCAUUUGAAAAAUGGUUCCUCCCUCCGGGGGUCUGGAGCCAUGGAAGCAUGAGCUGCAGGAACUGCUGGAGCCCGUGUCAGAGCCUUCCCAAGCUCCACCUUGGGGCUGUUUGGAGUGAGAUAGUGAGGCCGACCCAGCUCCUCCUGAGCCCGGGGGGUUUCCAUAAGCAGAGACCUCAAAGCGUCCCCUCCCUCACCGCUCCACCCACAGCUGCCAUAGGAAAGAACCCCGGGCCUCGGUGGCUCUCCCGGACGCUCCACCUGGGUCCCUGGCUCCGAGGUGGAUUAAAUAAUCAACAAGCCCAACGAUGCGCUGUCACAGCCGCCGUGCAUCAUUUAAAGGUAGAUGAGGUGCUGGUGGUGUUUUCUGGUGUCUCCCAUUAGGAAGGACCUCUUCCCAUCAUGGACAUAUCAGGAAUGGGUUUCAGCAGGAUGGACGUGUUGGCCAUUUCCGAGGCCGUCUCUCUGGAAACGGGAGUUCUUGUGGCCUUACUCCUCUCUCUGUCCUGGCUCCUGGCUCUGGCCUGGUGGAGGGGAGGUACUUGGACUGAUCUCUUGGUCCUCAGGGGUAUUGUGUUGUGUCUCUGGGGCACGAAAGGUCCCCUGCUCUGUUGGGAGGGAGGAUGGAAGGAACUCUACUCCCGGCUGCUGGGAAGUUACACCUGAGUCUCUACUUUCCUGCUUUUGAAGUCUGAUUCCAGAAGGGCCCCGGGUGCUCUGAGAUUGACCCUGAAGGCCAAGGCUGAACCAGGCUGCCCUUGGCAUGGUGAAGAGCCAGAGGGCUGGGCGAGCUCACACCAUGGGGAAGACAAAUGCCUCUGACCAAAAACUAGCUUCUGAUUAAUUAACGUAUCCCCCACGUAUCAGGAGUAAUCCCUUCUAAGUGCGAGUAGAGGGCGGGGCCGCAGCUCAAACACCUGCCUCCCUAGAGCGAGGGCCUGGUUCCAGCCCCAGCACUAUCCAUACAUACGACAUACCGCUACACUUACAUACAUGCUAUGCAUACGUACAUACAUGUGUACAGGUAGGAAGGACCGAUUCCAUAGGCCAAUAUGACUUUUUGUGCCAUACAUUUGGUCCUGAGUGCCCGGGUGUGGGCCCCGGCCUCAAGUGCUCAUGCUUGGUCCACCGCUGAGGGCUGCCCCUGCCGUCACAUCAUGGGACCCCGCCCCGUUCCUACCUUGGGCAAGACCUCAUGCCUGAGGCAGGCAGGCUUCUGACGAUCGGCCGUGUGAAGUCGGCACCACUCGAAAAUGCACCUGGCAAGUCCAUGUGAGGCCCGCUGGCCCCAGGAUCCAGCCCCUUAGUGCCCAGAGAGGCAGACCAAGGAAGUAGCGCCAGCCUUGGUCACAGCCUGCCCCGAGGACAGCCAGCCGGGGGAGAGGUGGUUUGUUUUACCUGGUCCCAUACGACAUCAAGAAAAUCCACAGUGAUUGGAAAGGUCACUAAGGCUGCGGCUCAGUGGUGGAGCGCUGGCCUAGCGUGUGUGAGGCCCUGGGUUUGAUUCUCGGCACUGCAUAUAAAUAAAGGUCCAAAUAAGUAACACCAACUUUGUUUAAAAAAAAAAAAAAAAAAGAAAUGUCAUUAAAGGGUAAUCGAGAAGACUUUGUGGUCAAAUUUUGCUUUUUCUAAAUGAUUUGAAAUUCAAUUUAUAUGUCACUGAGGGAUAUUUGAAACUGUCGUCUCCUGAAUAUUAGGAGAAUCUACCAGACCUUAUGACGUCACACUUCGGGAGUGGUAUGUGUGUUUAUUUAUGACUUGUCAAAAUGGUGUUUAUCGUUAAUAAAAGUCAUUAGCUUAGCGCAAUGACUUGGGUGGCUCUAAGUUGUAGAUCGAGAUGAUAAACUUGGGCUCCUUCUGAAAAGCCAGUGGUGUCUGGUCUACACUGGACCAUCUUUUUUUUUUUUUUUUCAAAAAAGUCUUUUCUCAUAUGAACGUUUUCUAUAUUUAUUUUGUGUUUGGAGAAAUAUUUUUGAAAUUUGAAAGGUCUAUUGAGCAACUUUGCCAUGAUCCUCCUGGUAAGAGUUGGGGAGCCCUUGUCUCCCCUGGAUUUUGGAAGGCCCACGCACGCGCAGCCCCGUCCGGGGGAGGGGAGAGGGCCAGGGCUGGACUCUCAGAUCUGGGCCCUGAGGCCGGCAGACUUUGGGAUUUUUUUCUCUCAGGUAUAUUUUUCUAUCAUUUCUAUCAGUUUGCGAAUUCUAUGAUGAUACCUUUGGAGUCUGCAAGGAUCACGGUGAGGUGCAGAUGGACUCCUGAUGUUUCCAAGUGUCAUUUAAAAGGAAAUAAAAUGACGAAAGCAGG